UUGCUUACCAAAACAGAAAAAAAACUUCCAUAGCAGCAAUGAGACUCGGAAACGAUUAUCAGUGGCAGCAUUCGUGACUUGUGGAAGAUAACAAGAUAAAGCUUGAACAUCUUGAACAUUCAUGCCAGCCGUUAGUGACUUUUUAGAACUUAUUACAUCCAGAUCUACUGCUCCGGUGAAAUGUUCAUUUACCUAUUAAUACUGGUUUUACCUGCGUUAUACUGGUGGAUACGCAACUGUUACACCUAUUGGAGCCGGCGAAAUGUUCCCUUCCCUAAACCGACCUUUCCCUUUGGAAAUUUGGGCGAACUCAAGCGUAAGCCAAUGUUUAUCUUGUUUACGGAAUUUUACAACCGUUUCAAGGGAACGGGAACAAAGAUUGUUGGGACUUAUUUUUUCUUGAAACCUGUGGUGUUUAUUAUGGACAUAGACCUAUUGAAAGAUAUAUUUGUAAAAGAUUUCCAAUACUUCCACGAUCGAGGGAUUUAUAACAACGAAAAGGCCGAUCCCAUCGGUGCGCAUUUGAUCACACUGGUAGGAAAUCGGUGGAAAAAUACCCGGAGCAAGCUCACGCCAGCUUUUACCUCCGGGAAAAUGAAGCUGAUGUACUCAACGAUGAUCGCCGUAGCUGAGCAGUUUAGGAAGCGAAUGAUGUUGGAAACGGAAAAAGGCACCGAAGUUGAAAUGAAAGAGUUCCUAGCAAGGUUCACUACCGAUGUUAUAGGUAGUUGUGCUUUUGGUCUGGAAUGCAACAGUUUGGAGGAUCCAAAAGCUAUUUUUAGAGAAAUGGGUCGAAAAGCCUUGGAGCAGUCUCCGAAAAGAACUUUUUUGCGUAACUUCACCAACACUUUUCAAACGCUGUCGAAUCUUUUGCGAAUAAAAGUGGUCGACGCAAAAGUAGAAAGUUUUUUCUUCGACGCCGUCAGGGACACCAUCAGCUAUCGAAAGACAAACAAUGUCCGGCGUGAUGAUUUUCUGGACAUUCUGAUCAGAAUGCAGCAGGACGAAGCUUCUACGGGCGAAGCAGAUCUCGGUGGGUGGCAAUUUCAUGAAAUUGUGGCACAAUGUUUCGUGUUUUUCCUGGCCGGUUUCGAAACAUCAUCUACAGCUUUAACGUUUUGUCUAUAUGAAUUGGCCCGUAAUCAAGAUGUGCAAGAAAAAGCUCGAAGUGAAGUCGGAAGGGUCUUCGCUAAGCAUGGAUCCUUAACUUAUGAGGCUGUACAUGAGAUGGCGUAUCUCGAGAAUUGUAUCAAUGAAACUAUGCGCCUGUAUCCACCAGCACCAAUGACCACCAGAAUAGUGACGAAAGAUUAUGUCGUCCCAGAAAUGAAUGUAACAUUGGAGAAAGGUACUCGCGUUAUGAUACCAAUCCAUGCACUGCACCACGAUUCAACCUUUUUCCCUAACGCUGAGCGCUUCGAUCCGGAUAGAUUUGCACCGGAGAAUGUGGCUUCAUGGCAUCCCCUUCAAUUCAUCCCAUUCGGGUAUGGUCCACGCAACUGCAUCGGAAUGAGAUUCGGUAUGAUGCAGAUUAGGGUGGGUUUGGCGUAUCUGUUGAACAACUUCCGUUUCACGGUAUCGGCGAAAACUCCAAUACCACUGAAGUUUGAACCAAACAAUAAUCUUACCAGUAUCUUAGGCGGAAUGUGGUUGAAUAUUGAACGGGUUCAUUGAAUUUACAUAUUGCUUGAGUGAAUAAACUCACUAACAAAUCAUGUAUAAAUUGUAAAA